UCCCCAGAGGGUGAAGGGGGCCCACCCGCCCCUCCCAACCUCACCAGCAACCGUCGUCUCCAGCAGACACAGGCCCAAGUGGAUGAGGUGGUUGAUAUCAUGCGUGUGAAUGUGGACAAGGUUCUGGAAAGAGAUCAGAAGCUAUCAGAACUGGACGACCGGGCAGACGCGCUGCAGGCCGGAGCAUCGCAGUUUGAGAGCAGCGCUGCUAAACUGAAAAACAAGUACUGGUGGAAGAAUAUGAAGAUGAUGAUAAUGAUGGGAAUUAUUGGGGUCAUCUUGAUGGGCAUCGUUUUCAUGUACUUCUACUACUGAGCCUCUCGUGGGAUGCACAAGGACAGGAGACUCUGGCUUUGUGUGAACUCAACCCGUCCUUCUCUCUCCACCAAUGCCUUUCAUUGAAUCCACAGUGUGUGUGUGUGUGCAGUCAUUGACGCAGUGCCUCUCCCUCCCUUUGUCUGUCACUGCAUUUCUUUGUACCUCUCUUGAGUGCUUUGCAACAGUGCCCGAGCUUACUCAAAAACUCCUUCGGUUAGGAAUAUCUACUUAUGGGUUUAGAUUGGAGAAUGUGUUGGCCCUUUUCAGGCCAAAAAAGAAUAAAAAAGAAUGGGUGAUGCAAUAAUAUAGAUCUGUAGCGCUGGUCCAAAUGAACCCAUGAAUAACUAAAGAGGGAAAAUGAAACGCAAACUUCAGUUAAGUUUGAGAUUAGGAUCAAAUCAUGCAUUUAUGCAUAGAAGCCAAAGUGUACUAGUUUACCCAGAAACAACAGCUGUGGUCCUAUCGUUAGAGUAUUAACAACGUGCAACUGCAAUGAGCAAUUACAGGAAUAUUUUUUAGAAUUGUUUUUACCCUCCUCCACAUAUAGACUCCUAGAAGCAACUUGUUUUCACUUCUUAAUAUGGACCUUUAUAGACCUGAAUGGUUUUAGAGCAGCAAAGACUAUGUGUGAAUUAAAUGUCUGAAAUUGACUAUUGAUUUAGGAUGUUAAUUCCUUCUAAAACAUAGAUGGCGCAAUUUUUAUAAUUCAUUUUAAGAUUUAAAAUGUUUAAAAAGCAUACGAGAAAGAUUGUAGGAUGUUUUAAGCAUCUGCAGUCGACUUGAGGGGAAUAUCUGAUGACAGAUCGUCACUUUUGCUGUUUGAUGUAAUGACUUUGACGUCAAUGUCAGCCAGAUCUGGACGGAAAAAACAGGGAUGAAAAAAUGUAACUAAUGGUAAGAUGUGGUGUAAAAGGAAGAUCUAACAUUACAGCAGUGAUCACAAUAUAAAAUAUUUUAAAGUAGAUUUUUGUUAUUUAUAGAUUCAAGAUUAUUGUGACAAGUGUGGUCACAAAUGCAAUUUAUUUUGAUUUAUGUAUUGAUAAUAUAAAUGUGACUAUUAAAAAAUUGGUAAAAUCAAUGGUGAAAUUCAGAUCCUGAUUAUAUUAACCCCUUGCACCUCCUGACUUUACUAGCAACAUGAUGUCGUUGGGUUGAAUGAACUACUGCUGAUAUGCAAAAUGAAAGAGAAAUAAUAAUGUGACUAGUUUAAUGUAUUUGUAAAUAUUUGGGAUUCAGUGUGGGAGCAGAUACCUAAUCAGCACUGGAGACAAUGUUCAGGGAUGUACCUCUGCAUGUGUUUGUGUAAAAUAUACAUGGGCACUUUAACCACCUUCAUUAUAGUGAUUGUAGGUUUAACUGGACAUUUUUGGGGUAUUACGGACAUAUUGUCCAGCACCUAAAACGAUGACAAUUUGCUCGUUGAUGUGGAAUUUAAUGCAAGAUCAUUUUGUGUGAAUAAUAUCGCCUACAUUCAGCAUUAACCCAAACUGCAAACCUAAUGCAGGGCAGUGAAUGUUAUUCCCUUAAAAAAAAAAAAACCUGACUACAUUGUGUUUUAUGCAACCUAUUCAUUUGUAAAUAUGCGCUGCAGAGAUGCAUAAAGUAAGUUCCUGUCCCUGAGCAUUUGGAGCCAAGCUGCUUACUCGUGGUUCAUUUUAAAGCAUGUCUGCUUGCCCACCAUGUGCUGAUUCUAAUAAAGUGCUGAUGCUGUUUCUCGCUC